CUGCGGCCAGGCGGGCGAGCCAGGUGGGCUGAGCGUGCGGAACGCUUGGGGACCCCGGGGGGCUCGCCUGGCUCCCAGCCGCCGCGCGCCGCUCCUGCCGCACUUCCUCUGCAGCGCUGCCGCCCGCGGCCGCCGUGCGCCUCCGCCGAGCCGAGGUUCCAGCUGUCCUCUGCUUAGGAUGACCUCGCCCUCCAGCCCUCCCGCUUUCAGGCUUGAGACUUCAGACAGAAGCCAGGAAGAUGGUGCUGAGCGGGACGACGGACAGCCAGGUGGUGGGGCCGGGCCACCCCCCAUGGAGUCCGCGUUCCAGCCAGAGGACCGGAUGUUCUCCCCUCAGAUCACAGUGGAUCUCCACUACCGGAAGAGGGCAGGGGCCAGCCAGCCAGACCCAAACCGUUUUGACCGGGACCGGCUCUUCCGCGUGGUGGCCCGGGGGGUCCCUGAGGAUCUGGCCGGGCUGCCAGAGUACCUACGCCGGACCAGCAAAUACCUCACGGACACGGAGUACAAAGAGGGCUCCACGGGGAAGACGUGCCUGAUGAAGGCUGUGCUGAACCUUCGGGACGGGGCCAAUGCCUGCAUCCAGCCGCUGCUGCAGAUCGACCGGGACUCGGGCAACCCCCAGCCUCUGGUCAACGCCCAGUGUACAGACGCCUACUACCGCGGCCACAGCGCCCUGCACAUCGCCAUCGAGAAGAGGAGCCUUCCAUGUGUCAAGCUCCUGGUGGAGAACGGGGCCGACGUGCACGCCCGGGCCUGUGGCCAGUUCUUCCAGAAGAAGAGUCGAGACACUUGCUUCUACUUUGGCGAGCUGCCCCUGUCCCUGGCCGUCUGCACCAAGCAGUGGGACGUGGUGACCUACCUCCUGGAGAACCCGCACCAGUCCGCCAGCCCGCAGGCCACUGACUCGCUGGGCAACACAGCCCUGCAUGCCUUGGUGGCAAUCGCUGACAACUCGGUCAAGAACACUGAGCUGGUGACCCUGAUGUAUGACAAGCUCCUCCAGGCUGUGGCCCGCCUCUACCCCACAGUGAGGCUCGAGGACAUCCCCAACCUGCAGGGCCUCACGCCCCUGCAGCUGGCUGCCAAGGAGGGCAAAAUCGAGAUUUUCAGACACAUCCUGCAGCGGGAGUUCCCUGGGCCGUGCCAGUCCCUUUCCCGCAAGUUCACGGAGUGGAGCUACGGGCCUGUCCGAGUGUCGCUGUAUGACCUGGCCUCUGUGGACAGCUGGGAGGAGAACUCAGUGCUGGAGAUCAUCGCCUUUCACUGCCGAAGCUCGGACCGACACCGAAUGGUGGUUUUGGAGCCGCUGAACAAACUGCUGCAGGAGAAGUGGAAUCUGCUCACCCCCAGGUUCCUCGUCAACUUCCUGUGUUACCUGAUGUACGUGUCCAUCUUCACCGCCGUCACCUACCACCAGCCUGCCCUGGAGAAGGACCUCCUGACGCUUGGGAACUCCACGCUGCUGCUGGGCCACAUCCUGAUUCUGCUCACGGGGGCCUACCUCCUCAUGGGCCAGCUGUGGUACUUCUGGAGGCGCAGGCUGUUCAUCUGGACCUCCUUCAUGGACAGCUACUUUGAGAUCCUCUUCCUGGUCCAGGCGCUGCUCGCGGUGCUGUCCCAGGUGCUGUGCUUCCUGGCCGUCAAGUGGUACCUGCCCCUGCUCGUGUCCUCGCUGGUGCUGGGCUGGCUGAACCUGCUGUACUACACGCGUGGCUUGCAGCACACGGGCAUCUACAGCGUCAUGAUCCAAAAGGUCAUCCUUCGGGACCUGCUCCGCUUCCUCCUGGUCUACCUCGUCUUCCUCUUUGGCUUUGCUGUAGCCCUGGUGAGCCUGAGCCGGGAGGCCCAGGCCCUCGGGGCCCCGCUGGGCUCCAACGCCACAGAGACGGCAGGAGAGGGGGACAAGGAGGGCAGCGAGGCUCCGUACAAGGGCAUCCUGGACGCCUCCCUGGAGCUGUUCAAGUUCACCAUCGGCAUGGGGGAGCUGGCCUUCCAGGAGCAGCUGCGCUUCCGCGGGGUGGUGCUGCUGCUGCUGCUGGCCUACGUGCUGCUCACCUACGUGCUGCUGCUCAACAUGCUCAUCGCCCUCAUGAGCGAGACUGUCAACAGCGUGGCCAGCGACAGCUGGAGCAUCUGGAAGCUGCAGAAAGCCAUCUCUGUCCUGGAGAUGGAGAAAGGCUACUGGUGGUGCAGGAGGAAGAAGCAGCGGGCAGGGGUGAAGCUAACAGUUGGCACCAGGCCAGACGGGAGCCCAGAUGAGCGCUGGUGCUUCAGGGUGGAGGAAGUGAACUGGGCUGCGUGGGAGCAGACGCUGCCCACGGUGUGUGAGGAGCCCUCGGGACCACCAGGCAGCCCUGGUGACACGAACCAAGCCCUGGCCUCCCAGCCCAGCCAGGACAGUGUGACGGAGGAAGACAACGUGCCCCUCCAGCCCCUGGAGUCACGCUGAUUCAGCAGGAGGCCUGAAGGCCAGAGCGGGGAACUAGUCUAGCCCUAUCUGCUGGCCCUGGGGCCCCAGAGAACAUGGGUGGUAAAAAUAAAUAUUUUCCCAUGACUACCUCUCCUGAAAACAUUGUUUGCGUAAAGGUGCUGGGCCCCUGGGCUGUUGCAUGUCUCCGUGAGCAUAGGUCUGUGUCUGGGCACAGGGGACCCUCACCCUGCAGGCAGCUGGCCAAGGUACUGGGCCUGCUGUCACCCCAGACGCAAGAUGGUGGACAUGGGCAAGCACGGCCACCACUCCUUCCUCUCUCACAGCCUCCAGAUACCCCUCAAAGCCGCCCCCAGGUCGUCUCUAAUUCUUCAGGUUCCUGGGCUUGCUUAGCUCAGGCUGUGGAUUAUUGCUCCUCUCUCCACGGGCUUCCGGCUUAGUUCCCACCCCUCCAAGCCAGAGGGACCUUCCCGAGACAGUAGGACAACACGUUACCCCUGUCUCUGAAGGCCUGAGAGGCUUCCAGCGCCCGCGGGGGCCCCUAGCUGGCAUCCCCAGCCCUCCAUGGUUCUGCCCAAGCAUUUCUAGACACCACCUGCUCUCCCUUCACACAGGCCGAUGAUCUCGUGUGGGACUCCUAGGUUCGGCUCUCUCAAGAAGCCUCCAUUAAAAGCCCAUACUUAUUUCUAAGACCAGCUCAAAAAUCUCUGUCUCACUAUCGCCUUUCCAGUUUCCUCCCUUGGGGUAAUGUGUGUUCCUAGGACGUGAGUGCACGGGUUGAAUGUUUUAAGUAGCAAGCCUGUUCCCACGCUGGGAGGUCGGGGAGACGGGGCACUCCUGAAGGAGUCCCGAUGGAGCCGGGGCGGAGGAAGGCGAGUGAGAACGGUCGGUCGGAAUGCCGGGGUUGCAGACUCGUUCGGGGAGGCCAGACAGCACCGCCCCAGAACCUGGAACCGCUAAGGUGGGUGCACAUUGGCUGCAGGCCCGGGCUUUGCAGCGUCUCAAGGGCCUAGUCGCAUGUGAUGCUCAGAACAACCACCGCUGGUCUCUGCAGCUCCACUUUCCAGACCCGCAACGCAAGCGCUAUUCGCCGCAAACCACACAGCAUCAGAACAGGGGCCACCCGGCGAGUCUGCUCGGGCCCUGCGCAGGCGCUCUGGGGCUGGCCGAGAGCCUGUGACCCAGAAUUCUCGAGCCUCGGAAGAGACCAUUGGCUCUACAGACGGGGGGAGUUCGGGGCGGCGCGGCGGCGCAAACAGGCUGGAAGUUCCCGUGAGCCUUUGCCAGGACUCCUCACCCUUCUGUAAAGAGUGGAAUAUUCCAACUCCUUAAGAAUCUGGGACCGGAAGGGUGCGGCCUUUUCCCUGUAGGGUUGAGUUCGCUCGGUGGCUCGCUCCUGCUCGCGGGGGUGCCGGGGCCGGGGCCGGGGCGCGGGCGACAGAGCCUUUCUCACUUCUCAAAGAUGUUCGCGGGAAGCGUAACUGCAGGGCGGCGGGCGGCUGCGCUCACACAAGCAUUGGGGCGGGCGCUGUGGCCGGGUGUUGGGGGAUUGGGCCGGAGGCCCGAGGACCACGUGCAUGUUUGUCGGGAGCCUGAAGUCCCUGCAGGUCAGGGCCUUGCCCCAGGCUAGCCGCUGGGAGUGAGCAGCCCCGAGAGAAGCGGGUGGCAGGCCCGCUCAGGGCUUUGGGAACCGGAGCAGCAUCCUUCCUCGAGGCUGCAGAUUACCAAGGUGCCAGCAUGUGAUCACCAACAGCUGAGCAUGGCCUGCUCAGAAGGUGCCUUGUGUGCAUCCCACCAGGUGUUGAGUGCUGAAGAAUGGUGAUCAGCAGAGCAGAGUUUUAAAGCUGCCAGCGGUGGUCCAGAGACCUCAGCCCAAGAAGAGGCUGUGCUGCAGCAGAGGCAGAAUUAGAAGGCCCAAGGACCAGUCCUGGCCAUCCAUCCACUUGGACUCUGAAAACCGGGCCUUGAGAGUUGGUGUAGAAAUGAUGCUCACCUCGUGCUGAGGGGACAUUCUUGCCAUUGAGGGAACCAAGAAAUGGACUUGUCAACCUUUCCCUGGGACAGGCACUUUUGGUGUUAGUAGAUUCAUGAGUUUUUCAUCAUCGCCCCUUAACCAAAGGGAGCUUUUGCAUUUUAAAAUACUGUAAAUUUGUUAUAUUCAGUGUUUUAAACUGGAAAUGUCACAAAAUGUCCAUGCAGUUACAGUAAACACAAUGAAAGGAU